AUGAACGAAAAGAGUAGUAUUAUAAAGCCACAUAUAACACCAGUUCCUUUAUAUGUGGAGCCUGAUCAUACUAAGAUAGAGAAAGAAUGUGCUUGGUUACAAGAAUGUAAAGUUGAAGAAGUAUUUCGAGAGUUGGAAAUGAUUGUUCGAGAGAUAUGUAAAAAAUUAAACAUAUCAAAUAAAUUAGGAAAUAAAAUAUUUAAAAGUGGUUCAGAAGAUACUUCAUCAACAUCAAAUUUUGCUUGUAAUCAAAGUGAAAAACAUUUAUUGUUACCAGUACAUGGUCCAGAUCAAUUAAGAUCAACAAUAUUUUUGAUAGGAGAAAAUGUUUGUCAAGUUGAAGUAUCAUUUAAACAUAAUAAAAGUCCUGGAGGAGUAUUUAGAUCUAAUGCUAUAUCAAAUAUACAAUGGAAAUUGCAACAAUUACAAGAUACAGGAAAUUAUUGCGUCAAAGCACAUCAUUUAAUUAUCAAAUUAUUGGAAAGAGUUACUGAAAUAAAACUUAACAAACAAUUUGGUGUUGAAUCAGGAAAAUUGAUAAAUAAAACAAUUGAAGAUGUAUCAAAUUAUUUAACACUAGCAAGAAAUUCUUUAACAAUGCCAAGAAAGAAAAGUCUUAUGGAAUUAGAUAAUUUUCAGCCAACAAAAUGUUUUCAUCCACCAUUACCUCAAGAUUAUUUAUUAUCUGUAUACAUAUCAUCAAAUAAAUUAAUAUGUGCUUCAUAUCAAGUAAUUUCUAAACCUAAUGGUGGUCAACAACUUUUAGUAAGUCAAGCAGAAUGUGUUGUACCACAAUUUACUGAUAUUCUUUAUGUUCUUUCUGUAGCAUACAAUCAAUUAACGCAUUUAAGAAAUUUAAUGAGAGUAUCUUUAUUAUAA